AUGGCGGACUCCCAAGAAACGCGACCGGCUAGCCAUGCUGGCUCCUGGUACCUGGGUAGUGCUGCCCGGCUAUCCUUCCAGCUCGACGAGUAUAUGAGUCGUGUCCCAAACAAGCUGGACGGGAAGGACCUCCCCAUCCCAGGUGCUCGUGUGAUUAUUGCUCCGCAUGCUGGCUACUCGUACUCUGGGCCAUGUGCUGCAUGGGCCUACAAAGUCCUCGACCUCGCAAACGUGAAGCGUGUCUUCCUCCUCGGUCCAUCACAUACCUUCUAUCUAAAGGGCUGCGCCCUAUCGGCGUUCGGAAAAUACAGCAGCCCUUUUGGCGAUCUGGCCGUGGAUGGCGAGGCCAUUGACGAGUUGAUGAAAACCAAAAAGUUCUCCACGAUCCCAGCAGAUUAUGAAAUCCAGGAGCAUUGUCUGGAGAUGCACCUGCCCUACCUGUGGAAGAGACUUGAGCAGACGCUCGGAAGCGACAGUAGCCAGUUCCCGCCCAUCGUGCCGAUCUUGGUGGGAGACCUGUCUGCAGACGGAGAGGAAACCAUUGGCGCGCUCCUUGCACCAUAUCUGGCAGACCCCAAGAACGCAUUCAUCAUCUCAUCUGACUUUUGUCAUUGGGGGAAGAAUUACCGAUAUCGGCCCCAAUUAUACAAAGGCCUCGUUCGUGACCAGGACGCACAGUGGGCGACUCUCAAGAUCCAGCCGAUCUUCGAGAACAAAGUGGAUGGAACGGAACCGAGAGACGCAGACGUGCCUAUCCACGAGGUCAUCAAGGCACUCGAUGAUAUGGUAAUCGACGCGAUCAAGACUGGCGACCACAGUGAGUACUACAGCACUCUCAAAGGGACCCAUAACACGGUCUGUGGCAGACACCCUAUUGGAGUUGUAUUGGCAGCCUUGGAGGAGUUUUUGGGCGGCGAUCAGUCCGGGGGAAGUAAGGGGAAGUUUCAGUUUAUCCAGUAUCAGCGAAGUAACCUGGUUGAGAGGCAAAGCGACUUCAGCGUGAGCUAUGUGUCAGCUUACGCUGUUCUCUGA